AUGUUUCAACAAACAUGCGCAAUUGUUUCAUUAUUCACCAAUUCUCUAUUGGCCUUUCUGAUUCUUAAAAACUCGCCGCCCCAAUUGGGAACCUAUAAGUGGCUCAUGUUCUACACAUGCCUUUUUGAGCUAGUUUAUACCUCGUUGAAUAUUUUUGUAGAACCAACAAUCGGAACAUUUCAAUCGGUGUGUUACUUAUUUCAAGAUUUAAGAAAGUCUAUAUUUGGUCACGACAUCACAUUGAUUUUUAUAUUGGGCUACUCUUCAUGCUUUGGAUUUUCACUGUCAAUUUUCGCGAGCCAUUUUAUUUAUCGCUAUGGUGUCGUCAACUCAGAGUUCAAGCAAAAAUAUUUAGCUGGCAUGAAACACAGUCUCCUUUACAUUGUUCCAGUCUGUUGUGGUGUUGUGUGGGGGUUGAUGUGUCGGAUAAAUUUGAACGAAUCUCCAUCGAAAUCUGCUUUUUUGAGAAUCCAUUUCCAAGAAGCCUUUGAUUUGAAAAUUGAGGAAUGCGUUUACGUUGCUUCUUAUUUUUGGCCAGUUGAUAAUCACGGUGUUUCCUAUCCCGACACUAUAUCAUUUGUGGGUGUUGGUAUUAUGUCUCUGAUUCUUAGUUCUUCGUUUUUGAAUGUUAUUUAUUUUGGAAUCAAAUGCUACAACUAUAUAUCCCAGCAGCUCGGAGAGCUAUCUACACAGUCCCAGGCCAUAAAGUCUCUUCAAGCUCAACUUUUCUACUCUUUAAUCUUUCAAUCCGCAAUUCCUUGUCUCUUAAUGUACUUGCCUGCCGGGACGAUUUUCAUGAUUACUAUGUUUGAUCUCGGUUUUGAUAUGGAAUUUCCACUCCUUUCCUUCACCGUUGCAAUUUACCCAGCAAUUGACCCACUUCCAACUAUUUUUAUAAUUAAGAGUUAUAGGAGAGGGCUGAUUGGUAUGCUCACUUGUCGCAAGAAAAAUCAAAUCACGACUACUUCGUGA